AUGACUGCCUUAAUACAUGAAAAGGUAUGGUUCGACAGAACCUCUUAUAAUGAUGCGGAAAAAAACUACUAUGAGUCAUUAUCAAAGGUACAAACCAUUCCGGUUUCCAUAGGAAAUUCCUCCUUAGCUAGUGAAGUAGCUAAGGCCAGACAGCAUAUCAAAAACUCCUUAGAAUGUAUGGAUAAUGUGACAGCAACAUUAGCUGGUGUUCCAAAUACUGAGCUUUACAAUAAGUUAAACAACUUGGAGAAGGAGAAUACCAAUUUAAAAAAAGCUAUUGAUGAUCUACGUAAGUUGGUUCUCGGACUUCAGUCCAGAGUUGAGAUGCUAGAGUCAGGACCGAGUAGAGUAAUAAAACCAGAAUGCUCAAAGACUGCAAUAGUGCAUGAGGAACAAGAUUCUGAUGAUGGUGUUGACUUAUUUGGCUCUGAUGAUGAAGAAGAAGGUGCAGAAGCUGCCAAGCUACGCGAGGAACGCCUUGCAGCAUAUAAUGCGAAGAAAGCUAAAAAGCCAGUCUUGAUCGCAAAGUCUAACAUCAUUUUGGAUGUAAAGCCUUGGGAUGAUGAAACUGAUAUGGCGGCUAUGGAAGCAGCUGUAAGGACGAUUACCACAGAUGGACUCCUUUGGGGUGCCGCCAAACUUGUGCCUCUGGCUUUUGGUAUACACAAGUUGCAAAUUUCAUGUGUCGUUGAAGAUGAUAAAGUCUCAGUAGAUUGGCUUACUGAAGAAAUCGAAAAAAUCGAGGAAUUUGUUCAAAGCGUUGACAUCGCUGCAUUCAACAAGGUU